AUGGCCUCCGAUUCCAAACUCCGUAAGUAUUUGACAGUUUAUGUACAUUAUAAUGGUUUAUUUGCACCAAAACCAUUAGUGUACUUGAACUCUGUUGUUGUUUCAAUCGCUGAUGUUGAUUUUGGUGGAAUGGAUCUCAAAGAUUUUAAGUUGUUCAUUGAAAAGUUGAUUGAAGGCAGUUGCGAUAAUGUAUAUUAUUGCACUAGAAAUGAACCAUUGGUAGAGGGUAUUAGGAGAAUUGGGAAUGAUGCUGACUACUAUGAGUUUAUUGAAACAGGUUAUAGUGAUGAAGUUGGUCUAACAAUGAAUGUGUAUAUAGACCACGAAAAUGAACUUGUACUUGAUUGGGCUGAUAUGGAAGUAGUAGAAGAUGAUGAAGGGCAUUAUUCUGAGCCAGACGUGGAUGAUGAUAAAGAGUCACAACUUUUUGAUGAUAUUCCAUAUGAGCAUGAAGCAGAUGGUUACAUUCCUUCUCUUGACAAAAUGUUGGUGAUGAAUUCUUACACCGGUGUCAGAGGCCAACUGUUAGUAACUAUGGGUAGGGAUGCAAACAACCACAUCUUCCCUAUUGCAUGGGCUGUGGUGGCAGUAGAAAAUAAGGAAACAUGGAAGUGGUUUCUUGACCUCCUACUAGAUGAUAUUGAAAUGGGAAUUGGUCAUGGAUUAACCCUCAUAUCAGACCAACACAAGGGAUUAGUAGAGGCUGUCAAAGAAAGAGUUCCAGCAGCAGAGCAUAGACAAUGUGCUAGGCACAUCUAUGCUAACUUCAAGAAAAGAUUCAAAGGUGAACAAUAUAGGAAGUUGUUUUGGGCAGCUGCUGCAAGUACUACUCAACCUAAAUUUGAGGCAGAAAUGAAUUACAUAAAAACAAUUGACCCUUUAGCUUAUGAACACCUCAUGGAAAGGGACCCUAAAAGUUGGUGCAGGGAAUUCUUUGAAGUGGACAGGGCUUGUGAUGCUUAUGAGAAUGGCAUAUCAGAAAGUUUCAACUCCGUUAUUGAUCUUGCUAGGAAGAGACCACUCCUCACCAUGUUGGAAGAGAUUCGGAUUUAUGCAAUGGAGAGGAUGUAUAGAAUGCUGCUAGAGGGACAAAGUUGGGGUAAUUUAAAAAUAUGCCCAUCUAUAAGAUUAAAGAUAUCAAAGUUAAAGAAACAACAAAGAUUUUUGGGAGUUAUACCUUAUGGGGUACAAAAAUAUGAGGUUAGGAUUGGAAAUGAUGGAUAUGCUGUGGACCUUAACAACAACACAUGUGGAUGUAGAUCUUGGCAAGUAUCAGGUAUCCCAUGUGUGCAUGCAGUGGCAGCCAUUUCAUACCUCAACAGGAAUGCAGAGGAUUAUGUUGCACCAUGGUUCCAUACAACCAUGUUCUUGACUUGUUACAACCAUACCAUUAACCCACUUAAUGGUAGUUCCAUGUGGCCUGAGGCUCCCUACAUGAAGCCAUUGCCUCCUCAAAAAAGAAGGUUACCAGGAAGGCCAACCCUUAAAAGGAAAAAGGAUCAAUCUGAGAUGGAAAGCAAGGGGAAAAGAAGGCAUACUAUCUCAAAAGCAGGUUCAGUUAAUAGAUGCACUAUUUGUAGAGAAAGGGGCCAUAAUAGAUCAACAUGUCCUACUAGACCAGCAGAUGUAGCAUCCACUUCAAGGCCAAAAAACAAGAAACCUAAAAAAUGUAAAAAAGAGAAAGGUAAAGUGGAACCAGUUCAAGUGGAUCCAGUUCAAGCAGAUCUAGUGGAUCCAGUUCAAGUACCAGCUCCAAAUGUUGAACCAAUUCAAGUAGAUCCAGUGGAUCCAGUUCAAGUACCACAUGUUGAACCAGUUGAUGAUCCAGCUCCAUAUGUUGAACCAGUUCAAGUAGAUGAUCCACAUCCAAAUGUUGAUGUCCCUGCUCAACCAGUUGCAACUAGGAAGAAGAUACGAAAAUACUCAGAAAGAAUUACCAAGAUAGGGUUGAGGAGGAAGGUUUUGAAGAAAGAAGGAAGCACUGGACACAACCCAAUGGUGUUGGAAUGA